AUGGAAGGUCAAAUAAAUGUUUUGAAGGAUCUUCAGAGUGUGAUGACAAAGGCAUUGACUAAUUAUAAGAAGAGUCCUAAAGAUAGAUUAACUGUUGAGUACAUAGAAACAAGACUCGAAUUAUUAGAAAAUGAUUGGUCAUUAUUCAAAGAUACCAAAUCUCAACUUUAUCAAACCUAUAAAUUAGAAGAUGUUAGUCAAAAGGUUGUGGAUAUAUACGACACUACUGAGGAUACCUACAUAACAUAUAAAUGUGCUAUGAAAUCAGCUUUAAAUAAAUUAAAGGCCAAGGAAGCUAUAGCACAACAAGGUAGUGAAUCAAACACAAUGUCUAGAGCAACAAGUUCAUUGGUUAAACUACCAAAAAUCUCAAUUCCUACCUUUUCGGGGAAAUAUAGUGAAUGGACCACAUUUUAUGAUUUAUUUACGUCUUUAGUUCAUAACAAUCCUUCAUUAGAUAAUGUACAAAAGCUUCAUUAUCUGAAAGGACAUCUUACUGGUGAAGCUGAACAAUUAAUUAGGCAUACACCUAUCACAGAUGCAAAUUAUAAUCAAUGUUGGUUGCAACUGGAAAGGCGUUAUGCCAACAAAAAGUAUCUCACUAAUUGUAUUCUGAAAAGGUUAUUCAGUCAAAAACGGUUACUUGUAGAAUCAGCGUCAGGUUUGAAGGAGUUGUUAGAUACAACAACUGAUUGUUUGAGUGCUCUAACAAACUUAAAAAUUGAUGUUUCCACUUGGGAUGUCAUAAUAAUCCAUAUUGUCACAUUCAAACUUGACAAUGAAACACGCAAACAGUGGGAACUUAGCAUUUCUACUGACUCUAGCAACGAGUUGCCCACCUUUGAUCAAUUUAAGAAAUUUAUAGAAAGUCGGUUCCGUGCAUUAGAGUUCAUAGAGCCAAACAAAGUUCACCAGGGCAGUAAUAUUACACACGCUCAUAGUUCAAGGGCAAUGUUAGCGACAAAGACAUCCAGCAUGCUUUGCGAGUAUUGCUCUGAGUCGCAUAAACUUUGCUUUUGCAAGAAAUUCGCGAAACAAUCAGUGGAUGUUAGGCGUGAAUUUGUUGCAAAAAAUAAAAUCUGCUUUAAUUGUUUGGGCAGUAACCAUACAAUUUACGAUUGCAAGAAGCAAAUGUCAUGCAGAAUUUGCAAAAAACGGCAUCAUUCCUUGUUACAUCUCAACAGAGAUGUCAACACAGGAAAUGAUAGCCAAGUUCAAGACAGUGCAACUAAAUCUGUUGUCGAUAGUAAUUCAACUAACGAUAGUCAGAUUAUUGCUUGUUUAUCUACUGACAAAAUCGCUAAGCCAAGUCAAGUUUUGUUAGCUACUGCGCUAAUCCAAGCAGAGUCCAAGACGGGUCAGUUUAUGACCGUCCGAGCCCUACUUGAUCAGGGGUCUCAGGCUUGCUUUAUCACUGAGGCCACCGUACAAUUGCUAAGACUGAAAAAGAGUCUUGUACGUGGUGUUAUUACUGGUCUAGGAAACAAUAGGUCAACUACAGCAAAAUAUAUGGUCAAUCUGACAAUUAAAUCUAAGAUAGAUGACAGUUUUCAAUUAAAAAUAAACGCCUACGUUUUAAAUAAGAUCACGUCAUACUUACCAGAAAAUAGUAUGGAUAUAAGUUCAUUUGACUGGAUCGAUAAGUAUGGCUUAUCUCUCGCAGAUCCAAAUUUCAAUACUCCCAACAGAAUUGAUAUUCUUUUGGGAGCGGAUGCCUACGCUUCCAUUAUUAAGGAAGGCAUCGUGAGAAGUCCAACUGGUACACUCAUCGCUCAGAGCACUGCUCUAGGAUGGAUCCUUUCUGGGUUAGUAGCCAGUUCAAAUGAUAAAGAAAUGCAGCAUCUUCCUAAAAAUAUAAGUGUCAAUUGUGCACAUUUUAACAAGGACAAUCUUCUAAGAAAAUUUUGGAAGAUAGAAGAGCAAAAAAGUUCAAAGAAAAUAUUAAAUCCUGUAGAGCAAAGAUGUGAAGAACUGUAUACCAAAACUACAUUAAGAGAUGCUACAGGGAGAUAUAUAGUACGCUUACCAUUUCGCGAUAAUGAUCCUGCUUGCAAGAGUGGCGGUUCAGGUUACAUUGCUGAAAUGAGACUCAAGACAUUACAAAAAAGAUUAAGUAAGGACACAUGUUUAAAGGACAAAUACAUAGGAGUAAUAAACGAGUACUUACAGUUAGGACAUCUUCGACCUGUAAAAGAAGGCGAUGAUAAAAAAGAUCAAGCGGUAUACUUACCACACCACGCCGUAGUAAGAGAUGGUGGAAAAUGGAACAGCAACAAUCAAGAACUUAUGAAAAUAAUAGAUCAAAUGAAGGAAACGGAAGGAGAAGUAGAACAACCAGGUCCUAUAAAAGAAGAGAACAAGGAUUUGGAGAUCAAAUUAGAUAGUACAAUUAAAAUACUACUUACCUGGAAUCGGAACGAUGAUAGCUUCCAAUACACAGCGUAUCUUGCUCCGCUGAAGACCGCACCUGUAACAAAAAGACAAGUUAAAUCUGACAUAGCCAGAUUGUUCUACCCUCUAGGCUGGUUAGCACCAAGUGAGGUGCUAGCAAAAGCUUUUAUUCAAAAGUUAUGGCUUGCAGGAGUAAGCUGGGAUGAAACAUUCAAUAAACAACUAGUACAAGAAUGGAAUACUUACCGUGUAGAGUUGCUACUUCUUACCAAGGUUCGAAUUCCUCGAUGGCUUCGGAGUAAGUUUAAGGAUAAGUUGGAGCUUCAUGGUUUUAGUGACACUUCCAAGAUCGCGUAUUCAGCAGUUGUUUACUUGCGAGUACUAAAUGCUGUAGACAGAGUACACGUUUCGUUGCUGGUAGCACGAAUUAGAGUGGCUCCUGUCAAGCAGGCCAACAUACCACGUUUAGAAUUGUGUGGAGCAGUCUUAUUGUCACGAUUAUUGAUUGAAGCAGCACAUGUUCUCAAUAGUUCUAGAGAACAAGUAAAGCCUAGACUGAUUCCACCGUGGUAUUGUCGUGGUUAA